AUGUUUGUCUCAGAUCUUCUUGAACUUAUUUCUCCAGAAAACAACAUUUUUGGAUUCCAUUGCUAUGAAUACUAUAACAGUGAUGUAGAUACAAAGUGUGAUUUAUUACAUUUUCCAGAACACAUCUUCAAGAAUGAGCAUUUAGAGAAAGAGCCUUCCAGUUUAAACAUUUGGGAUGUUUCAACAGUGUCUCCAGAUAAUCAGCUGAACCACUGUAUCUCAUCAGACCCAGGGCUCAAUUACAGUGAAAGCAAAGUGGCAAAAAAAAAGAAGAUACGCCUUUUCCAGUUCCUAUUUGAAAUGCUGGAGGACCCGAACAUGGCUAAUUGCAUCUCCUGGGUACAUCAAUCUAGUGGCAUGUUCCAGUUUUCUUCUGAAAACAAGGACAAACUGGCAGAGAUCUGGGGUCGAAGGAAAGGCAACAGGAAAAUAAUGACCUAUCAGAAAAUGUCCAGAGCUUUGCGCAAUUAUGCAAGAACGGGGGAGAUCACAAAAGUUAAAAUGAAACUGACAUACCAGUUUAGUGGAUUUAUUUUGAACUCCUUAAGAGAAGAAUGUCAGUUUAUUGACAAACAGGCUGCUUAUGUGGAGAUGGUGACAGGUUUACAAGACUAGUCAAGGGUAUGUUCAAAUGCUCAAACUGCUUUUAGGAAGAAAUGGCAUAGCAUUUAGAGGUGCCUCUGAAAUGUGUUAUCUACAUUCUGUUACAGAAUCAGAGCCAAGAUGAAACAUCAGUACCAAAAUAUUAUUGUCACGUAACGAGUGAACACGACACACUAACAUUGGUGUCUUUAACCAACACUACCAAAGAAUAUUUGCAACUUCCCAGACUACAUGAACAUGUCCAUUAGCUCAACAGUCUGAAUCACAUUUCAUGCUCUGUAGCUAGAGUAGUUACUGUAAGAUUAAAGUUUCAAGCCUGGGAAGGGAAUGACCUGGGAAAAAUAGAUGUAAACCAUCCUCCCAUACAUUACUGAACUACUCUAUCCAUAUACCCAGAUUCGGAGAGACAACAGUCUACCCUGGCAGCACUGGGAACAAGAUAGGAAAUUACUCUGAAUGGAAUGACUGUCCAGCACAGGGAACAGUCAAGUUGACACUUGUAAGAGGUCAAU